UUUUUUUCGCUCUUGUUGCUUUCCUGAUCGACCACAAGCCCCUCAACUUUCUUUUUCUUCUGUGUCUUAAACUAUUCCACUUAAAUAAACAAGAAACAGUCUUUAAUUCCAUCUCUUCUCAGUGAGUUAAAUUCAGUUUUGAUUAAUGGAACCAGAGCUGCGUAUUGGAUUCUUCUUUGCUCAACAGCAGCUCCACCCAGAAGAGAUUGUUGUCAAACUGUCGAACUAGAAUUAGGGUUUCCCUGGAGGCUGUUUGUCUACCAAGAAUUUCAGAGAAAGGGGUUAUUUUAGAUUAGAUGGCUGAUAGCUGGGAUGGGAGUUAUGAAGUUGGCAGCCAGUCAGAUGAGAGCAAUCAUUUUGAAAGACUGUAUCUUGAGCCUAUUUAUGAUGCAUUUGUCUGCCCAUUGACAAAGCAAGUUAUGCGUGAUCCUGUUACCUUAGAAAAUGGACAAACUUUUGAACGAGAAGCAAUAGAAAAGUGGUUCAAGGAAUGCAAAGAGAGUGGAAGAAAGCUGGUUUGCCCAUUAACGCUAAAAGAAUUAAGAAGCGCAGAUCUGAAACCUAGUAUAGCUUUGCGGAACACCAUUGAAGAGUGGACUGCUAGGAAUGAAGCUGUUCAGGUUGACAUGGCUCGUAGGUCAUUGAAUCUGGGGAGUUCAGAUGGUGAUGUUCUGCAGGCUUUGAAGUGUGUCCAAUACGUCUGCCAAAAGAGCCGAUCAAAUAAGCAUGUUGCACGUAAUGCAGGCUUGAUACCCUUGAUUGUUGACAUGUUGAAGAGCAGCAGCCGUAAAGUUCGGUGUAAAACUUUGGAAACUCUUCGAAUUGUGGUGGAGGAUGAUGUUGAGAAUAAGGAAAUGUUGGCUGAGGGAGAUACUGUGCGCACUAUAGUAAAGUUCUUGUCACACGAGCUCUCCAAAGAGAGGGAGGAAGCUGUCUCUUUGCUGUAUGAGCUCUCCAAAUCUGAAAUGUUGUGUGAGAAGAUUGGUUCAGUCAAUGGAGCAAUUCUUAUAUUGGUUGGAAUGGCAAGCAGCAAAUCAGAGAAUCUUUUAACUGUCGAGAAGGCUGAUAAAACACUGGAGAAUCUGGAGAAGUGUGAGAACAAUGUGCGGCAGAUGGCUGAAAAUGGUAGAUUGCGGCCUCUUCUGACCCAACUCCUUGAAGGCCCACCAGAAACCAAACUGCCUAUGGCUGCAUACCUAGGUGAGCUUGUAUUGAACAAUGAUGUAAAAGUCCUUGUGGCUAAAACCGCAGGUUCAUCUUUGAUUAAUAUCAUGAGAAGUGGUAGUAUUCAGUCAAGAGAAGCUGCUUUAAAAGCUCUAAACCAGAUCUCAUCUUAUGAGGCAAGUGCCAAAGUGUUGAUAGAGGCUGGGAUACUUCCCCCUCUUGUGAAGGAUCUUUUCACCGUCGGUUCCAAUCAGCUUCCCAUGAGACUCAAAGAGGUCUCUGCUACAAUUCUUGCUAAUGUUGUGAACUCAGGUUAUGACUUUGAUUCGAUCCCAGUUGGACCUGAGGACCAGACUCUUGUCUCAGAAGACAUAGUCCAUAACCUACUACAUCUCAUUAGCAACACCGGUCCGGCCAUUGAGUGCAAGCUUCUCCAGGUUCUUGUUGGACUCACUAAUUCUCAAACUACAGCGAUUAAUGUUGUUUCUGCCAUCAAAAGCUCUGGUGCUACUAUCAGUUUGGUUCAGUUUAUUGAGGCUCCACAGAAAGAGCUGCGUGUAGCUUCCAUCAGACUUCUCCAGAAUCUCUCCCCACACAUGGGUCAGGAACUGGCUGAUGCCCUACGGGGGUCGGUUGGCCAGCUCAGUAGCCUAAUUAGAGUCAUAUCAGAAAAUAUAGGAAUCAAUGAAGAGCAGUCUGCAGCAGUUGGCCUUUUAGCUGAUCUCCCAGAGAGGGACUUGGGCCUUACCAGGCAGAUGCAAGAUGAGGGUGCCUUCCAGAUGAUCAUCUCUAGAGUAGUCAGGAUCCAGCGAGGGGAGACGAGGGGCAGCCGCUUUGUCACGCCAUUCCUUGAAGGGCUUGUACGGGUACUUGCUAGGGUUACAUUUGUUUUGGCAGAUGAACCUACUUGCGUUGCACUUUGCCGCGAGCACGGCCUUGCUGCAUUGUUUAUUGAAUUGCUUCAGGCCAAUGGACUAGAAAAUGUACAGCUGGUCGCUGCCACAGCAUUGGAGAACUUGUCACUGGAGUCCAAAAAUUUAACAAAAUUGCCCGAGUUGCCGGAACGUGGUUUUUGCGCCGGAAUCUUUCCAUGCUUUAGCAAACCACCAGUCAUAACUGGGUUGUGUAGGCUUCAUCGUGGGACGUGUUCCCUAAAAGAAUCCUUUUGCCUUCUGGAAGGACAGGCGGUGGAGAAGUUGGUAGCUCUGUUAGACCACACAAAUGAGAAGGUGGUUGAGGCAGCAUUUGCAGCAUUAUCUACUUUGCUGGAGGAUGGCGUUGAUAUUGAACAAGGGGUAAUGGUCCUCUGUGAGGCUGAGGGAAUCAAACCCAUACUCGACGUUUUACUCGAGAAACGGACGGACAAUCUAAGGAGGAGGGCAGUUUGGGCAGUUGAGAGAAUUUUGCGAACCGAUGAUAUAGCCUAUGAAGUUUCUGGAGAUCCAAAUGUGAGUACAGCACUUGUUGAUGCAUUUCAGCAUGGUGACUAUCGAACCCGGCAGAUAGCUGAGCAUGCCUUAAAGCAUGUUGAUAAGAUUCCAAACUUCUCUGGAAUCUUUCCCAACAGGGGAUAGGCCUCUUCAAAAAGGCCAACUCUUCAAGUUGAUGGCUAAAAGGACCUGUAUGUAAUUCUUCUUUCUCCCCAGCAUUUUAUAGAAGGUUUGGAAAUCAUAAAGUUGAAGGUAGAUAUUGUUGUAUACAGAUUUUCUAUUUCCCCUUUGUAGAGGUUUUUGAAAGCCGCUGAUUUGUUAUUAAUGAUUCUGUUUCAAUAACUUCCAUUUCUUUA